AUGAAUGUGGUCAUUCUCAACAAAGUUGAUUCUGAUUUAUCAUCAACUUCUGAUAAUCCAACCCCCUCAUCACCAUCAAAAGAUGAAAAUUCAAAUGAAACUAAAUCCGGUUUAUUGGCAGGCCUAUUUUGGAGAAAGAAACCAAAGACCAAAGAAAUCAAUUUAGAUGAUUUCUAUUAUAAUGAAGAAUUAGGUAAAUGGGUUGAAAGAGGCAAAGAAGCAGAGGCAAUCGCUGCUAGUGGUCCAAACACAAGAAGAAAACCAAGAUAUGUUGAUACUCUCAAUCAAACAGUUUAUACUGGUGGUGUCAAUAAUUCUUCCUCUCAAUCGUUACCACCAAAACCACCAACUUCAACUUUUACACCAUUCAUGCCUGCUUUUGAUCCUUCUGCUGCUAUUAUCGAACAACAACAACAACAAAAACAACAACAACAACAACAACAACAACAACAACUUGGAGAUUUAGGUAGAGUUUAG